AUGGAAUCGUUCUCAACGGUGGCGGGAGCGAUGGAUUCGGGUUCCGGGAAGCCCGAGGAGGUGGCCGCUUACCAGAGCAAAGAGGCCAAGCAGGCGAGGCUUCAGUCCAUGCUCGCCGCGCUCCUUGACGACCCCAUACUCGUGGACGUCCCCAGGAAGCCCUCCCUCGCCGACGUAGACACGCUGAUAAACCUGGAGCUCGGCAGCGCCAUGAGGCUGACCGUUGUCAAGCUGGACAACACCUCCUUCGAGGUGGCGGUGUUGAAUUCUGCCACUGUCAAGGAUCUGAAGCUGGCUAUCAGGAAGAAGAUAAAUGAGAUAAAACAAGAGCAGAUGGGGCAUCGUCAUAUCUCAUGGAAGCAUGUCUGGGAUAACUACUGCUUGACACAUCACAAUGAGAAAUUGAUAGAUGACAAUUCAGCACUUUCUGCUUAUGGCGUUCGGAACAACUCUAAGAAAAUAUACAUGUUCAUUUCUGGAAGACCAAAUAAGGUGGCUCCUGAAAACAGGAGCAACCACUUAGAAGCAUCAACCAGUUUUGUUCGCCCUUUAAUAAUUGCAUCUGUUUCUAUAGUGUUUUUGUCCUUAGUUCUGUCUGUUUCUCGCCGCACGUCAUGUCCAGAGUACAUCGGAAGCACUCAAGAAGAAGAAAACACCGCUUCUUCCAUGGUCUUAGCAGGAAAACGUAACCCCAGCUCGUGA